GCCGCUUGCUAUGACAACAAUGUAUGGAAGUAAACGGCCUGCUGCUGGCCAGCUGGUCUAGCAACAUAUUUUUAAAUUCAAAUGUUUAUUGUUUUUAAAGUUGACAGAAUUUUGCUUGUUAAAAGGCGUCGCUAGUUAAACGUAUACAGUUUUAUUGUGUGAUUGUGAAUGAAUGAAAAUGAUAUCGUCCAUCAUAUCUCGAUUAGUCAUAUUGAUCUGUGGAACACUUUAUCCCGCGUAUGCUUCAUAUAAGGCUGUGAGAACGAAGAAUGUUAAGGAAUACGUAAAAUGGAUGAUGUAUUGGAUCGUUUUCGCACUUUUUACGUGUGCAGAAACAUUUACAGAUGUAUUCCUUAGUUGGUUUCCAUUUUAUUACGAGAUUAAAAUUAUUCUAGUGAUAUGGCUUCUUUCGCCCGCAACGAAAGGUUCCAGUAUUUUAUAUCGCAAAUUUGUUCAUCCCAUGCUUAGCAAAAGAGAACAUGAAAUUGAUGAGUACAUCGCAAAAGCUAAGGAGCAAAGUUAUAAACAAAUGUUAGAUUUAGGCUCGAAGGGCGUUAAUGUGCUUAUGCAGACUGCAAUUAAGGGUGGUGGAGGUAUAGUAAAUCAGCUGCGAAAAAGUUAUAGUCUAAGUGAUUUAAGUAAUUCUCACGAUCAAGCGGAAAGUGACGAGACUGAUUCGGUAGCAGAAUCUGUUGUAUUAAGAAAAAAAAGAGUUCCUUACGCAGCUUCGACCACUUCCGCAAUAUAUUUUUCGGAAGUUGAUGUUAGGCAUGAUGUAAUGGCGCACAUACCAUCGCCUGAAGAUGCGGGAUUUGGAUAUUCCAGUGGAGAUUCAUUAUACAGUGGUCAACUAUCUAAAGCCCAGUCGAAAGAAAGCUUAGUUCGAAGCGGAUCAAUUGGCUCAACAAGACCUCGCUCUGUAAGAAUCACUCGAUCAACGACAGUUCCUAAAAAUACUGCGCAAGCUGUUGAUUCUAAUCGGUCCCGUAAAAAUGAUUUUGAUAAUGUACAGCGUGAAGAGUCAGAUUCUUCUAGCGAAUUUUUGGAUGCAAAUGACGAUAAUGCAUUGAACCGCCAAGUUGAAGUAAGCAAAGAAAUAUGCCGUAGUAACUUUAGUUUGAACGAUUCAGUUACCAAAACAGUAGAUAAACGAGCUGGGAAAUAUAACAAAAAAUCUGCACCUUUACCACCACAGUCUAUUGGUAAAGAAGGAUGUGAUAGCAUUCCAACAAUAAAGGCGACGUUAGUACUAACUCCCGGCGCACUUAAAUCAGAUAAACCUUCCAAUAGAAAGCAAAGUACAAAGUCUGACCAAAGUUCUCCACUAACACGUUUAAUGUUGUUUCAAAAAAAAGUGCAACAUUUUUGGCAUAAAGACUUUGGGAGUGAAAGGAAUUUGCAACCUAUGAGUAAUGCUAAACGAUCGUCUUGGUAUGCCGAAUUACCUAAAACUACCCAAUUGCUGUUGGUGAAUUCAAAACCAAUUUCAAAAAGCGCAGAAAAUUUUCAAGCUAAACCAUCACCACAAUACAGGCCACUAUGUUCGGGAAACGAACAUGAUACCGAUAGUCAUUGAUUGAUACAAGGUAAUGUCAAGUGCCACAUUACCCCGCACAAAGAAGACAACAGUGAAGAAAAAACCUGCCUGAGAAGUAGGUAGGUAAUGCUCCCUAAUUUCGCAGCUCAUAUAGGUACCAAUCCAGUAUGUUAAUAAUUUGGUUAUACACUUUUUGUUUUCUGUACUGAUAAUAUGCUUGCACAAAUAUAGACCUAAUAUUUGUAGUAAGUGUAUAGUUUGUUGUAAAAUUAUUGAAUCAGAGGAUUAUCGGUUGUGCUGUAUUUGUAUUAAUUUAUUUAUUAAGUAUAUUUGAAAAUUAUGAGACACUGUUAAAAUAAAUGAUAUUAUAUUAAAGGUGAUUA